CUGCCAUAACAAAUACGCUGUCAGCUGGAGUAGUUGGUUUUCAAUAUUUGUUGUGCGCUGGCCGAAAGAAAAAAUCGCAGAUCCAGUGUUUUGCUGGUGAUUCUGGACCCAAAACUCUACCCAACAGCCAGUACUUUGCGGCGGAACCAAACUUAAAGAUGGUUCAAGUGGGCAACUGGGUUUUCCAGCUGCUUUUGCUGGCUUUUGCGAUGUCGUCAGCAUAUGCCGACGUCACGACGCAAAAUGCUCUGCUGGGUGGAAAUAAAAAACACAAAGAAACCACGGAUACUUCAGUUGGCGGCGGUACAGCCCCCAAUUUGGUGUGCCACAAGAUGUUGCGACAUGUUUUCGAGAAUGCCACGCCGCGGGAUGAACAACAGGCGGGGGUCUUCGAGGAGUACAAACAACCGCCGGAUACAGCGGAGCCCCUGGAGGAGGAGGCCUAUCUGUGGAACUGCCUGCAGGCGUGCUGCGAGAAGCCCCGCAAUGCGACCAGUGCCUGCAACGUGGUCCUGGUCUUCAAGGGCAAGUGCUACCACAUCCGCUGCCAGAGCAACGAAGCAUGUUUGCCCAAGCUCAGGGUUCGCAUGCCCAACGAGAAGGUUCAGAUGGUACUGGUGAAUCCACUGGGCGAGGCCACCUGGCCACAGCUCCUCAAGGCGGAGGCCGCUAAGCAGAAUGCCGAGAUCCUGCCCUACGAUGAGGCAGCCCUAAAUUUCUGGAAACAGCCCAGGAGAUUGGGAUAUCUAUCUCGAAAUCAGGAAACCCCCGUUUAUGAGGACGAAGAUUUCCCAUUGGCGGAUAAACGAAUGAAUCAAAUGAUCUUCCAGCCCGACGAAAAUGAUGUGCUAGCCAACGAAGAGCUCGGCUACUACGAUGCGAAUGCCAAGUUCACCACAUGCGAUGUGGAGAACCCUUGUCCGCCACCUCAACAAUGUGUCCCACUCCAGCCGAAUGCGGUAAGAGGGGUUUGCACCUGUCCCGAAGGCUUCGGGUGGAAUAAACAAAGAAAGUGCGUGAUGGCAGCGGUUCCGUAUAGCUCCUAUCUUACCAGCAAUGAGGCAGGACAGCAGGAAGCUGCUGCCAGCGAGAAUUCACCAGAGGUAUCCACUCCACCCUUGAAAACUGAACAGAGCAAGGACAUCGUUGUCUCAGUGAUGUCCAAGGAAGUUAGGUUGCCAGAGCAGGAGGUGACCCUAGCGGCGUUUACAGUGCCCGAUGAGCAGACCAGCGACACAAAGUACAAAUAUCUGUGGACUCUUAUUUCCCAACCCAAGGGUCCCAUGAAUGGCACAAUAUCGGAUCAGAGCAAGUCCAAGGUGAAGCUAUCGAAUCUUUCCGAGGGACUGUACACCUUUAAGGUCACCGUAACUGGAGACAAUGGAACUUUUGGCGAGGCGACAGCUAAUGUAACAGUGCUUCCCGAGAACCGAAUCAAUCAGCCACCGCAGGUGAUCAUCUCGCCCAGGGAUCAGAUCAUCCGGCAGCCCACCACUAAUGCCAUUCUCGAUGGCAGCACCAGCACGGAUGACGACAAGAUCACCAAUUGGCACUGGGAGGUCAUCUCAGGUCCCAUUGGUUACCAACCCGUUUUGCCGGAGGUCAACACGCUCCAGCUGGAUCUCACUUCCCCGGGAAACUACACAUUCAAGUUAACCGUGACCGAUUCGAAUAACGUGACCAAUUCCACCACUGCCACCAUAGCAGUUCUGAAGGAAACGGACUAUGCUCCGGUGGCAAAUGCCGGCGAUGCUGUAAUCCUGUAUUUACCCAACAAUAAUGUAACUCUGAAUGGAACAGCCAGUUCGGAUGAUCACGAAAUCGUGGCCUGGGAGUGGACCAAGGAUGCCAGCGACGAGGCAAAGGCUGUGGAUAUGCAGAACACCAGGACCCCCUAUGUACAGUUGUCCAAUCUAGAGGAGGGCAUGUACACCUUUGUGCUCAAAGUCACCGAUGGCAGUGGGCAAUCCAGUACAGCUAAAGUCCAUGUCUUUGUGAAACCCCCAACGAAUUCUCCUCCAGUUGCUGAGGCGGGAACUAAUACGACCACUAGUCUACCCAUUAACUGGGUACUUUUGAAUGGCUCUGAAUCCAAGGAUGACAUUGGUAUCAAGAGUUACUUGUGGCGGCAGCUGAGUGGACCCAAUAAUGCUGUUCUUUUAAAGUCCAACUCUUCGAUUGCCAAUGCAACCUCCCUUACACUCGGUCUCUACGAGUUCGAGUUAAUUGUAUCUGAUGAGAAUAAUAAUACAGCUACGGACACUACCUGGGUCAAGAUUGUACAAGAACGCAACGCUGCCCCAAUAGCCAACGGUGGCGGAGAUCACACCAUAACGCUGCCAGCCACCGCUAUCUAUUUUAAUGGCUCCAAAUCCUGGGAUGACCUGGCGGUGGUCAAGUAUGUUUGGACCCGCGACGAACACAGCCUGGCAGCCGGAGUCAUUGUGGCAGAUACAGACAAGGAACCCGUGAUGAUUUUAACAAAUCUAGUGCAAGGCCGCUAUGUAUUUACACUGACUGUAAGCGAUGAUCAGGGUUUGACGAGUUCUGAUACUGUCAGCGUGAAUGUUCGACGCGAUCCAAGGCUCUUGAACUUGGUGCAAAUGACCCUGCCCAUGGGCAUCUCUGUGCUCGUACAAUCCGAACUGGAUUCAGUGGUGCAGAAGCUCCAACUUCUGCUGGGGGACGAGAAUAAGAUCCAAUUUAGGGAACUGAAAUACGAUCUGCAUACGGAUGCGACUGUCCUGGUCUUCUAUGUGAACGAUGGGCAGGGAAAGGUACUUGAUGGCCUGCAAGUGGAGCGGCAGUUGAGGACGCAACUCCAGAAGGAUGCAUCUAUACUAGGCGCAUUCGCUGUCGAUAUACGCACCACUAUUUGUCAGAACGAUUGCUCCGGUCAUGGCACCUGCAAUCCCGUCAACAGAGCCUGUAUUUGCGAGGCAUUCUGGAUGCCAUCGGCAGGCUACUUCUUCAACAAUCAGGAGGCCAAUUGUGAUUGGUCAAUACUCUAUGUGUUUGUCGGAGUAAUUGUAGGCUGCCUUUUACUAUCUGGAGUAUUUUGGGGUAUAGCCUGUGCCUGCAGACAAUCAAAAAAGCCACGCCUUCGCCAGAAAGUGCAGAAGUAUUCAUUGAUUGGUAACAAGGAUGAAGAGGCAGCCAAUUAUUCCCGCAACACAUCGCUGACCGAAUCAGAGACGGAUUCUGAUGUUCUUUUUGAGACCCGCACUAAGAGCAAUGGAUUGGGAAAGCACAAGUCGCACAAUUCCCAUAGCCAUGGUCAUGGAAGUAGUGGAGGUAGCGGAUCUUCCGGUCGAGAUGGCCACAAGUACGGAACACAAAAGAUGGGCCGCAAAAUUAAGGCAUAAAACUGUAUACAUCAGGAUUAGAAGAUCUAUAUGUGUGUUUUAGUCGAUCUACUAUACUGUGUGUGUGAUAUCUAUUUGUAUUUCUAUAAUGUACUCGGAUUUUUUGUACUUUCCGUAAACUCGUAUAAAGUCAAGUUGUGUAUAUGUUCCUUUACGUGCAAUUAUGUUUAAGUUAAGGCUUAUAGUUUAUAUUAUUUUAAGCUGCUGCUGUGCAACAACAUAUUAUUUUUAAUGUUUAUUUUUACUGCAUUUUUACUGCGAUACUUUUUAUGUGUGUAUAUAGACAUAGCUUUUCACAAUCAUGUAACAAUCGACAUGUAACUGCUUAAAAGUGCAUUAUUACCCACAUUAAAAGAAACCAAUAGAUGGAA